GCAACUACUGCGUCUGGUGCGAAAAUAGUUAAACCACCUAUUCGAGUAGGAAAUGUUCAAAUUGUGCCUGUCAAUCAAGUAUUGGUUCCUCCUGUAGGAGAUUUGCACCGAACUGUUACCAAAUCGCCUCUUAUGAAACAAUUUUCUAAGUUGAUUGAAAUCUCCGGUUUGGAAGACGAGAUCAAACAAGGAGGACCGUAUACUUUAUUUGCCCCUUCUAAGAAAGCUUUUAAGAAAAUGUCUUCCGAAGAAUAUAAUCGCUUAAUUACCGAUCCUAAUUUGGCAAAGGAAUUUGUUCUUCGACAUUUAGUACGAGGCACUCACUAUACUAAUGGAAUUAAAGAUGGAUCUACUCUUACUUCUGAAAAUGGUCAUGAAUUGAAGCUUAUGAAUAAGCCAGAUUGCCUCGGUGUCAAUGGAGUUAACUUUAGUUUUUCUGACAUCAAUACAACAAACGGAGUCAUUCAUGUCAUCGAUGACGUUUUAUAAUCUUCCAACCGCAUCAUUGGAUUUCAUUACUAUUCAUUCAUCACAAACUCAUUUUUAAAAGAAAUGGCCUAGCCAUGGCAAUAGUGAUAUUAUGUGGUACUCUAUACAAUCUUUAUUAAGAUUAUUUUUAUAUUUUAUUUAAAAUAAUGUACAAAAUAAAAUUGAAUUAACACAAGAUAAGUUUUACGUAAUGAAUGAUUUCCGGUGCAAAUCGAAAGUUCAUAAGUAAUUAAAGACGGACGACAGUGGGAAUUUAUGGGCCUACAAUUUUUUUUUAAAUGCAUGGUUCUUACCCCUCGACUAAACUUUUUACGCCAAGAUCCAACGUACUGUACUGUACUGUACAUGUACUAUCGAAGAAAAAAUAAUAAUCUACAGUAAAAUAAAAUUAUGUUGCCAGAAAAACUGCAGUAAAUAACAAGUAUGAAAGGCUAGAUAACAAUAAUCACAAU